CCUCACUCUCUUAAAACUUUCGUAGUUAAACGAUACUAAAAAAAGCGACGUACUUAAUGAAAGGAUACGCAUGUACCCUCUCCAUAUUUUAAAAUUUAAAUAAGCUAAAACAAACUUGAUAAAAGUUAAUUGGGCAAGUUAACCAGAUUAACUUGAAAUUUGUGUCAUUCAACGUUUACUUUUUUUGAGAAGUCAAAUUUUUUAAUAAUAAUUAGAAGUCUGUAAGGUUAAUACUUCAGUAGAACUGAAUCUACGAUGGAUAUUCAGCCAGAGAAAAACUGCGAACAUCUCAAAUGCCCUAAAACGCUGAAAACAAAAAUCAGAUGCGAUCCCGAUGCGAAAGCGAAAUGCCAGAUUUGCGGACAAAUUUUAAAAACUUCUAGAAUAUUACGCACUCACAUGGCGAGGAUGCACACCAACCGAGAGCGACCCAGGUGUCCCACGUGUCAUCGCGUGUUCUUUGAUUCUGCCAACUUACGGGGACAUAUUAAAGCCGUCCACAGCACUUCCGAACGACCUCGUAUCCCAUGUACGUUUCCCCAUUGUGAGAAAAGCUAUCUACGCAAGAACGAUCUUGCGAGACACGUACAGAUUGAACAUUCCCAAAUUCCGAUCCGAUUUCGGUGCGCACUUUGCGAAAAAGAGUUUAAAACUAGGGCAAAACUUGAGAGACACAUUCUCACCCAUACAACAGAGAAACCCUGCAAGUGUACCACCUGCGGGAAGAGUUUCGCCUGCAUGACGGCCAUAAAAGUUCAUGAGAUGUCACAUUUGGAAAAAUCUGCUCGUCCAAGGUUACAGUGUCGCAUCUGUCCUCAGACCUUCUUAAGUAGUCGUGGCCUACAACACCACAUCCGAGUUGUGCAUGAAAAUCAGAGGAACUAUCUGUGCAGAUUUUGUGACAAGAAAUUUUCCACCUCACAAAACUUGAGGGGUCACGUGGAGGCGAGACACCUCACGGAUAAGGUUUGGAUUCACUCCUGCGACAAAUGUGAGUACAAAAGUCACUCGAAAGUCUAUCUAGGUCAACACCUGAGACGUCACAAUGCUACGAAGAGACACGAGUGUUACUUUUGCAAGAAGCAGUUUGUCAUGUUCCCAGAAUUGGUCAUCCACUGCAGUCGAGUUCAUUGUCUCGAGAAGUAAAAAGAGUAAAUUUGGGUUUCAUAACUACUUUUUUUAUUUAUUUUUAAAUUAAUCCCAUUCUGACAUUGGCGGCGAUAGGCGAAAUCCACCAAUCUGUUGUUUUGAGUCAGAAUUGUUAACAAUAAUUUAGUUAUUAAUAAAGAAUUGAGGCAUUUCACCUGUCGGAAAUUUGUACAUAAAUAUUUUAACCGUUUCCAAAAUUGUAACAAAAUAAAAGCAUAUUGAUUAAAGACAUAAUAAACCGUAGUAACG